AUGAUAACAACUGACCACGUGACUCCCCCACCUCCAUACGGCAAGCCGACAGAGCCAAACGGAGCAAAAACACUAGCACUUGACAGGAGUGCUGCAAUCUUUGAGUUGCUGAAUAAACGCCGAGAGGACGAGCAACUGAAAGUAGAGAUACAGGAGCGUGAACAGAAGUCGGAGAGUUUGCAAAAGCGCAUAGAUGAGCUGCAAAAGGACCACAGCAAAGCCAAGGAGUUACACUUGAGCUUUGACAUGUUCCUCAAGGAGGCAGAUGUCAAUAAAACUGUAGAGAAAGCAGAGAGGGAGAGGAGAGAGGCUCUUCAGAAGGACAAACAGAUAGAGACAUUAAAGGAGGGGAAGGCCGAACUGAUGCAGAAGAAGCACACGCUGGACCAUCAGGUGCAGAGACACACUGUGUACCGGGACAUCAUGGAGCAGAUGGUGGCAAUGACGAAGUUCAAAGAUGCAGAGUUGCUGGCGGAUAACUUGGAGAGUCAGCUGCACUUGAGAGAGCAGCUCCGUCACAGGGAGAGAGAGGCAGAGGAGCAGGUUGAGCUGCACAGAAAAGCUCUUGCAGCUCUGGACAACCAGCAGGACUUGAUGCAGCUGCAAAGGAGCAACCAGCUGUCCCAGCUCCAGGCCAGGCUGGACGAGACAAGCUCUGGAGCGCUGAUCUGGGAAAGGAAGUGGAACACCAUUCAGGAAACCGCUGCAAAGAAAAUACUCCUCCUGGGACAGAUGAAGAUGGCGACUCUCAACCUCUAUGAAGCGACAGGUGGCAAAAUAGAAGGAGAAGAAGGUGUUGGGAUGAAUGACACAGAGAAACAGCUGGACAAGAUCAAGAUGUUCAUCCAGGACCAUCAGGACAUAGUGAAACUACAUCAACCUCCCUCACAGACACAACGCUGGACAGAAACACAGAGUCAGAAAGUGCCUUUCAGCCCACUCGGAUAACCUAAUGAUUUACAUUUCAAUUUGAACUUAGACAUAAUAAUCAAUGCUGCUUUGAAGCUGAUUUUACUGAACAAGCAUCACUACUUCAGUAUUCAUUCUAAGUGCAUCCAGUUGUUCUAAAGCUAGAGCUUUAAACUUGAGGAUAAUGAACUUAAAUUAAGUAAAGAACUAAAGAAUGCAGCCAAAAACUGAAUAAUCAUUUGGACAAGGAUUCCUAGUUGGAUUUGCUUUGUAAUGUAUCAGAUUAAAAAGUAUCAGACUCGGUGUAAUUAACCAGACCUUUUCAUUACAGAACUUGGAGCAGUGUUGCAUUAUACACAGCUCUUGAUCCAGAAAAAUUACAAUUAAUGUUCUUGCCUGUUGAAGUUUCCAUAUUUCCUGAAAAUAAAAUAAUG